AUGUUCUAUGCCUUUAGUAUUGUUGUGCUGAUGGUCAAAUACAUUCGCCGUGAAAGAGAAGAGGCAAAUCUCAGAAAUUAUUAUUAUGAGUUUGUCUCCAGAGAAAAGUUUCGGUCGGCGCAGUUUAGAAACCGGCAGAUUAUGAACAGACUGUUCUGCAGGGGUUCUCAAACCGACCAGCACACGGGUCCUAAUGAAAGAGAAGAUGGUGAAGGGACUGUCUGCGAAGUAAACAGCACAGCAAAUCAUUCAAAUCAAACACCACCAACAGCCAGGAAUGAUAGUUGCCACAACCAAAGCCAAGCUACAGUCAGACUUGGUGGAAACAGCGAAGUCUGUUUGAAUAAAGACAGUUUCCCGUUUCUGGGCGUCAGAAACCAGAUAUGCAGGAAUGGAUUUUUCGGGAAGAAGUUCUGCAACAAGCAAUUGUGUUCUAAAUGUGUGUCGGAAAGUGCACCGACGAUUGACUGGGAUGAUGGGAGAAGUGGUGUUUCAAGUGAUAAACAUAAGCAAGGAAUCGGAGAUUUUGUAGAAGUGAGACUUAGCAAUUCACAAUAUGCCAUUCCUGGUACUUCCUCCAAAGGAAAUAACCACAAAGAUUCAUAUUCUAGCAAGGGAAUUAAUCAUAAAGAUUAUUUACUGGAAAGGUUUAACAGUGUUUCGUACCCUAUCUUAGAAUGUGAUUCCGACGUAGAGAACGAGGACGACUGUAAACAGCAACAUAUACAAACGAAAUGGAGAAACGAGGAUGUUCUGAUUCAUACUAAUUAUGACGCAGUGCCUGAGCAUAGAGCCAUAGUGUCUUCAUGUUCUUUAGAAGUUUCAAAUCUUCUCGCCAACUUGCCUCCUUUGGACAUUGCCAGCAAUAGCAAUGACAUGGACACUUUAGACGGACUGUCAAACCUGGACAGCGAGGCCGGGAGUCAGUCUCUCUUGAACUAUUCAGCGAGUAUCAGGGGUACAAACAGCGUGUGUGGGGGUCAGAGCAAAGAAAGUCCUGGGCUUAUGAACCGAAGUGCCAGCGGAGACGACAGACUGAAAGAUCUUAGUGACUUUUUAUCUGAAAGAACGUCGCUCCUCUCCUGUACCUUAUCUAUAGACGACGGCGACGAGGAUGCUAUGACAAAUGUGAGCUCCUCCAAGCACCAUCCAUGUGGCCUCUCUCUGAGAUCAAGCAGCAAUGGAAAGGUCAAAGAAGAUGUCAGAAGCAAUGGAAAAUCUAUCCUCAAUUCUCUCUCCAAAUCUUUAAGCAGUGAUGAAGGCGAAAGGAAGAAGUUUCUCAACGAUAUUACGAAUUUAACAGAAGAAUCUCGUGUCUUUAAAAAUCUGAAAUACUUUCUCCGCGGUUUUUCUAAAGAUGGCGGUGUUAAAGAAGCCUACGAGACCUUAAAUUUGCUACCACGAGAAACGUUCUUUGGGCCUGGGAGUCCACAGAGUUACUUCGGUGAUACAUAUAAUGUAUUAGGUCCACCCACAAAAUUGGAUACAAUCUCGACUUACAGAAAGAUGGACACUGUUGAUAAUCUGUUGAAUAUCGGAGAAAGCGAUAUCUCUGGCAACCAUUGGGAUAGCGAAGAUGAGCUGUACUCUGUGGGUGAUAGGUCUUCCAGCUUUGGGGAUUAUUGGAUGGGUGAGGCCAGCGAAUCUCAGGUGAUCGACAUUAGUCAACCACUGGUCAAGCGUCAGCUGGACUCUACGACUGAGAAUAUACUGAGUAGAGCAAUCACAGGGAUUGUUGAGCCUCAAACAGACGCAGCUGGGCAGAUAGAGCACGUUGGGGCGGCAGCGCCGGAAGCCACCAGAAAAGAGACAAAAGUCUGA